CAUGCGCUCUGCGGCCCUGACAGUAAAAUGAAGAGUGCAGUGUCCCAGCAGCGCCAGAGAUGAAGACUCCCCCGGACAGGUUAGGAAUCACCUUUGAGGUCGGAGCUCAGCUAGAAGCUCGAGACCGCCACAAGAAGUGGUACUCGGCCACCAUCGAGAAAAUCGACUACGACAAAGAGCGGAUCCAGGUCCGCUACCGCAAGUGGAGCCGCCGGCACAAUGAGUGGUUCCACUGGAGCUCACCAUACCUGCGUCCACAGGAGCGGGUCAGCCUGAGGAGGCAGGGCCUGAACCCCCCCUGCUCCCAGCCGAUGUUUGUUUCAGGUACGAAGGUUCUGGCGUGUUGGACCGACUGUCGUUUCUACCCGGCCAAAAUCCUGCGAGUCAACAGGGACGAGUCCUACACAGUGCGUUUCUUCGACGGCGUGGUUCUGACUGUGAAACCAACCAAGAUCAAACCUUUCCAGGAGAAAUCCAGAUCUGAGAAGACUGCGGUGGGAAGCGAGGGAUGGGAGGAAGGGGAGAGCGAGGAGGAGGAGGAGGAUGGAGAGAGAGAGGAGGAGGAGGAGGAGGAGGAGAGGAAGGAGCAUGACAUGGAGGAGAAAGUGACAUCAGAAGAGAAAGAAGGAGCUGAGGAGAGAGAGGAGGAGAGGAAGAGAAAGUUAGAACCUUCAUCCUCACAUCAACCAGCCAAGAAGAAAACAGAUGACAGUAGAAACAGCGGAGGUCACAAUCGGCCAUUCACAGCAGACUCCUCCCAGCCAGCUGCUAACCCCGCCCACGUCGACAGAGAUGUGCUGUUGGAGCGUCAGGCCCACCUGCCCACCACACACAAGUUCAGCAGAGAGCCUCUCUACAGAGUGAUAAAGAAUCAGCCUCCUCCUAUUCUCUCCAUCGAGUUGGACCAUAACCCGUUCAAGUGUCCAUCGUCCGGCUGCAGUAAGUCGUUCAGGAAGGCGAGUCUGCUUCACUACCACAUCAAGUAUUACCACUCCGACCAGCAUCUGGAGGAGCACCGCGGUGAGCAGGAGGCAGCGAGGAGGAAGAGGUCCUCCUCUAAAGGGAGCGACUUCUUGUCGGACAGCAGGAGCGAGGACCUGAACAGCACCUGUCACCGUGACGACAGAGAGCACAGCGUCGUGGGGACAGUAGUGAAGCUGGAAUCGGAGCGGGAGGAACCAGGAGAACAGGACAGGAAGGAGAGGAAGAACUUCUUAAGAGUCAAACUGAAGAAGAAGAAAAAGAAGAAGAAGAAGAAGAAGAAAAGUCAGUCUGGAUUCUGCAGCAGCGACGAGGAAAACUCAGACCGACCCAAGAUCACGCUGAAACUGUCCACAGGACACGAAGACACACACAUACCAGCUGACGACGGCAGCGACUGGUCGACGCUGACGGCAGAGAGCGGCGGGGACACGCCCUCUUGGCCUGUUGCUAUGGAGACGGAGGAGUGCGAGGUGGUGAGGUGUGUGUGCGAGGUGGAAGAGGAGAACGACUUUAUGAUCCAGUGUGAGUCGUGUCAGUGUUGGCAGCACGGUACCUGUAUGGGUUUAUAUGAAGACAACGUCCCUCACAGCUACACCUGCUACUACUGCAGACACACUGCAGGAUGGAGGCGUGCUCAGCGUUUCCUGUCGGAGCCUGACUUGCUGAUCUCUGGUCACAUGUUCGGCCUGUCGUGUGUGAAGGAGAACUACUCUGAGGUGAACUCCUCUAAGAUCUCUCACACCAGCAGCCUGCUGGCUCACGCCCACGGCCUGCACCAGGUGCUCUGCGGCCUGCAGCUCAAAGUCAGCCUGCUGCACUCUCCGUCCCACCCUGACCUGCAGCUGUGGAGGUUGCCAUGGAGACAGGAGGAGGGGCCGAGGCUGACGUCCAGCCUGAGCGGGGACGCUCCAGUCUGCUAUGUCAGCAGCGAGCACUGCUACCAGAAGCCUGGAGCAUCAUGGGAGAAGGCAGAGGAGCAAGAAAAGGAGAGGGCUGCAGUGAAGCAGGAGCCGGACGCGGAGCAAAAGGAAAUCAAGCUCGAAGAUGUGGACGAACAGAAACCAGCUGAAGCCGCAACACACACGGACACACCCAGCAUCAAAAGAGAGAACCACACACACACAGACUGCUGCACACACACACACGCUCACAGGGCGGAGCCUCCCCCCGUGUCCCAGGCCGAGUGUCAGUUGAACUUGCUGGAGCACGUUGAGUCUCUGCACCAUCAGAUCAGCGCCAGGAUGGACCUGAUCGAACGCGACCUGGACGUGUUGGAGUCCUGGUUGGACCACUCGGGGGAGCUGGAGCCUCCGGACCCUUUGUCCCGCCUACCGCAGCUCAAGCAGCGAAUCAGGCGGCUGCUGCGCGACUUGUGCACUGUGAGACACCUGUCUGUGUGGCGCUGACACGUCUCACAUUCAAAGACUCCUGACCUUUGACCCUGCUGUGGACAGACUAGGGGGCGAGCAGCGACCGGACGGACUAGUGGAGAGCGAGUCGUAGAGCGAGUCGUAGAGCGAGUCGACUCUGAGUCCGGUCGCAGCACGGCGCCCUUUGGUGGAGCAGACGACCAGGACGAUAACAGACAUUUCUCUAGCGCCUCCUGCAGGACGCCGGGCGUCUCACACACGGAGGCCACAGGUUUGAUUACUGAUUGAUGUGAUUUGGUUUUAAUCGGCUGCUGGCUUCCACGCUGUCGGGAAACAAUUCGUAACAGAACUUUAGUUUUAUCUUCACGUCUGUCUGAGAACUUCAGCUCACAGUAAAAUUAAUUUCAUAAAGUUGUCAAAUCUGUGUGACCCCUAACAGAGAAUCCCCUCUGGGAGAGAGACGUUCUGUCGUUUCAUCCACUGAGUCUGCUGCCACUUUUAGAGAAGCAUAACCUGCAGAGACACAAAUGUCAUCCUGUGUAUAAUAUAUGUUUUACACUUAUUAACCACAUGUUAAUCCUCUGAAUGGUUCAUUUAAAAGACUAAGUGUUUAUAUCUAAAUUCCAUAUUUUUUAUAAUUUAAAAAAAUUAGUUAUCAGACAAAAUCAACUAAUUAUUUCUGGUUUCAGUCAUUCUAACUGUGUUAUUCUGCACAAAGACAUGUUUGAGUUGGUCUGAUCGUGCUGAUUCGAUAGAGCUGCAGGACUUUAAUGCCUGUUACAUCUAAAGGUACUUUUGUUUGGAUAAUUAUAAUGAUAACAAAAAUAGCUCAUAAGAGUUUCAUUUAAGAGCUGUGUCUAGACAUUUUCCAUGGUUUUCUUUAAAAUGAUUUUGGUUAUUAUCAGGUAAAACAUGGAAAAUGUCUAGAUAUCAGCUCUUAAAUUAAACUCUUAUCAGCUAUUUAAAAUGAACAAGAAACUUGUUAUUUUUUUCCAUGACUGUAGAUUUAUCUAGAUUAUAUAUAUUGCAGUGAAACACAAGGACACAGAGAGAAAAACACCCUGAAACGUCUUGUUGGGGUUCAGAGGGUUAAACAGCAGAAAACGUUUCACUAAACGCCACAAAAACAAAGUUGCCAUGUGAGGAUCUCGGAGGUCUCCAUAACUGUGAGACUGGAAGAGUUUUAGCAGCGAGUGACAGACGUUAAAAUCUUUUCCAGGGGGGAUUGCUGUUUCUUUGAAGGUUCUCUCUCUGUCGUUUCCUCUCAUUCACCAGCAGGUUUCCAACUGUCUGUCAGGAGGGAUUCAUAGUGGGCUGUAUGAGGUGCUACAGUCACUGUAUCCACAUAUUUUAAUGAGUGACACUGUUAACAACUUCAAAUGCUUUAAGAAGUGCAGGACAAAUUGGCAUUAAAAUAAACUUAAAGUAUCAAAGUAAAAGUACUUAUUAUGCAGAAAGAACCAUCGUGGAAUCAUAUAUUAGGCAGGUUCUGACAGGUUUAUAAUAAUUAUGCAUAAUAAUAAUCACUUUAAUGUGAAUUAAACUCUUCUCUGUACAAUAUUUCAGUGAAAUUUCACCUCAUACAGCCUCAAACUGUCCCUGUGAGACAUCCGUUAGCUCGGUCACUAUAAAAAGUUUGCAUAGUUAAAUUAAAGGUUCAAACUGAGAACGAGCUCCUCUGCAUCCUCACUGCUGCUGUCAGACUGAACAGAUCCUUUGAACAGAUUGUGCAGCCGAUUGUUGCUGUGUGAUCAGAUGAACUGUGCACGCUGCAGUAGUGAAACUCAUCCAGAUUUAAUCUCUAACUUCACCUGAUAAUCAGCUCCAUGUAAAGACCAUUUAUUGUGUUUCAGCUCCUCACUUCAUAUCUUUCUAUCUUUUGAUAUUAGUUCUUCAGGUUUUUGGUGAAUUCUUCUACUUUUCUAGAUUUAUAUCUGGGCUUUUUAAUUUGUCUCUUUCUGACUUCUGUCUUCUCUAAAAGGAGAUUUUAACGAGCGCUGGAGUUAAUUUUUGAUCUUCAGGAUAUAUCUGUAACAAACAUUUUACGUUUAGUGUUUCUGAGCUUUUGGCAUCUUUUAGAUUUUAGAGAGGACUCGUAAUAACAUAUUCACAUACUCACUCUGUACGUAGGAAUAAUUCAUCUUAGUUUGUUAUCGAGGCCAGUCUGACAAACUGUUUCCAGUCAGAUUAACCAGCAAAACUUUCAGUGUAAAUAUGUCAGAGUUGAUGUUUUAUACACUUGUAUAGGAAACUAACUGUAUAAAGCUGUAGAUUUAUUUUCAUAGAAAGGUUUGAUCUGAGUCCAGUCGGUGUUUCAGGACGCUGACAGACAGAGUUUUGGCAAAAGAAGAAGAAGGAGUUUCUGUCCGUUUGUUUCACUUCCUCUUCAUUUCACCUGCAGCUGCUCGUCUGAAGGAAACAUCCAGCUACAAACUCCAUGUUUCAUUUUCUAUUUUUGUUUUUAAGCAUGAAGAAUAAAAGUUUUCUGAGGAAUUCUAGCUUUGAUUAAAAUGUUUAAAUUGC